AAUGACAGAACGUUUAGUCUUCGGGUACCACUGAUUCGGGUGACAAUGUCAGGUUCCUCGGUGUUGCUACUCGUGGCGAUUUGCUUCGCGUCCGGGGCCCACGCGAAAAUAGGAUUCGGUCCUGGCGAGCAAGAAUGGGGCUACGUGAAAGUAAGGUCGGACGCAAACAUGUUCUGGUGGCUUUACUAUACGACGGCGAACGUUUCCUCGUAUUACGAUAAGCCGCUGAUCAUCUGGCUGCAAGGCGGGCCGGGUGCAUCGUCCACUUCCUACGGGAACUUCGAGGAACUCGGACCUCUUGAUCUGAGCUUGAACCAGAGGAAUUACACCUGGGUGAAAGACUACAAUGUCCUCUUCAUCGACAAUCCGGUCGGCACAGGCUUCAGCUACGUCACGGAUCCAUCCGCCUACACAACGACGAACGAACAGAUCGCCAGCGAUCUCGUGGAAUGUAUGAGAGGUUUCCUCAAGGUGCUGCCGAAAUUCGCGAAUGUCUCCACCUACAUCACGACCGAGUCUUAUGGAGGGAAAAUGGGCGUGGACUUUGCUCUUGCUUGGUACAAGGCACAACAGGCGGGAACCAUUAAGAGCAAUUUGAAGGGUGUCUCCCUCAUCGACUCCUGGAUCGACCCCAUCGGAUCUGUGAUGGAAUGGGCGCCAUUUUUGUAUGCGACGGGGAUGGUCGACACGGAGGGUUACAAAACGAUCGACAAAGCGGCGCAAGCAACAAAGAAAGCCGUGAACGCCGAGCUCUGGUUCCAGGCAACCAGCCUCUGGAGUGCCGCCGAGCGUGUGAUUCUGCAAACCACCAGUAACAUCGACUUCUACAAUAUCUUGACGAAGAAACAGCCCGGCUUCAUGAGAGAUUCUUCCGCAGUGAGAUAUUCGUCGGAGCUUGCUCUUAUGAGAGGAGACUUGAUAAGCACCUAUGACUUCGAUCUGAACUAUUUGAUGAACGGUCCAGUGAAGCGAUCACUUAAUUUGACGGUGGAGCACAGCACUCAGUCCGAUACGGUGUUCUACAAGCUGCAAGAGGACUUCAUGAAGCCUGUCGUCGAUAAAGUGGAGCUUCUGCUGAACCAAACGAACCUGAAGGUGGACGUGAUCACUGGACAGCUUGACCUAAUCGUGGACACUCCAGGUACGGUCAACUGGGUCGAGAACAUGAAAUGGAAGUACUCCAACAUAUGGCUGAAGGCUCGUAGACAACCUUUGGUCGUGCAAGACGUGAUCGAAGGAUACGUGAAGUCAUAUGGAAACUUGGCCAUGUACUGGGUCAAUCGUGCCGGACACAUGGUGCCCAAAGAUAAUCCAGCCGCAAUGGCGCAGAUCUUGAAGAGAUUUGCUAAUUAAUAUUUGUAAUUACUCUUUUGAUCUUUCAGAAUGUGUUUUUUUUAUCCUUAAACCAUAAUAAAUUCAAGCAAUUAGUUUUCUAAGAAGAAAA